CUCUGGGCGAGACGAACAAGCAGGGCGUUCACGGUGAAUCGUAGCGAUGCUUCAGGUAGCUUCACAGCCCACUUCCAGGUACCGCCUGCGCCAGCUGGAAGAGGCCGGCAGCUUCCAGUGGGAACCAGUCCUGCAGCUAGAACAGUCACCAUAGUUCCACGCACUUCUUCACGCUUCUACCACCUGCGUCCCGCCCUCGCCUUGGCAAAAUUUUGACAACAACGAAAUCCCAUAAAUCUCUGUGAUCAGGCUCUGCCAGCCCUCUUUCUCACCAUCAGAUCACACAUUCAGAAACAACUCCUCUAUCAGGAACGAACAGUCUUUCCAAAAGACUCUUCAUAAUACACCUUAUUCCCUUACCACACCCAUCCCAUUUUCCUUCCAUCCUCCAGUAAUCAUGGCACCAGCCAUUGGUAUCGAUCUAGGUACAACCUACUCGUGUGUAGGCGUCUUCCGAGAUGACCGCAUCGAGAUUAUUGCCAACGACCAGGGCAACCGAACCACUCCCUCGUUCGUUGCUUUCACCGACACAGAGCGUCUGAUUGGUGAUGCCGCAAAGAACCAAGUCGCGAUGAACCCUCACAACACCGUCUUUGACGCCAAGCGACUGAUUGGUCGGAAAUUCAGCGAUGCCGAAGUCCAAGCCGACAUGAAGCACUUCCCCUUCAAGGUCAUUGACAAGGGUGGCAAGCCAGUCAUCCAGGUGGAGUUCAAAGGUGAAGAGAAGCAGUUCACACCCGAAGAGAUCUCCUCCAUGGUCUUGACCAAGAUGAGAGAGACUGCGGAGUCAUACCUCGGUGGCACAGUCAACAACGCAGUCAUUACUGUCCCUGCCUACUUCAACGACUCUCAGCGCCAAGCUACCAAGGAUGCUGGUCUGAUCGCAGGCCUCAACGUCCUCCGUAUCAUCAACGAACCCACUGCUGCCGCCAUUGCCUACGGUCUCGACAAGAAGGCUGAGGGUGAGCGCAAUGUCCUCAUCUUCGAUCUUGGUGGUGGUACUUUCGAUGUUUCUCUCUUGACCAUUGAGGAGGGUAUCUUCGAAGUCAAGUCCACUGCCGGCGACACUCACUUGGGUGGUGAAGACUUCGACAACCGUCUUGUCAACCACUUCGUUAACGAAUUCAAACGCAAGCAUCGGAAAGACUUGAGCAGCAAUGCUCGGGCUCUGCGUCGUCUCCGAACUGCCUGUGAGCGUGCCAAGCGCACCCUGUCCUCGUCUGCACAGACCUCUAUCGAAAUCGAUUCCCUCUACGAAGGCAUCGACUUCUACACCUCGAUCACCCGAGCCCGUUUCGAAGAGCUCUGCCAGGAUCUCUUCCGAUCUACUAUGGAGCCUGUGGAGCGUGUCCUGCGUGAUGCCAAGAUCGACAAGUCUUCCGUUCACGAAAUCGUCUUGGUCGGUGGUUCCACCCGUAUCCCCAGAAUCCAGAAGCUUGUUUCCGACUUCUUCAACGGCAAGGAGCCCAACAAAUCAAUCAACCCCGAUGAGGCCGUCGCCUACGGUGCUGCCGUCCAAGCCGCUAUCCUGUCUGGUGACACCUCGUCCAAGUCGACCAACGAGAUCUUGCUCUUGGAUGUCGCGCCACUGUCCCUCGGUAUCGAGACUGCUGGUGGUGUCAUGACUCCUCUCAUCAAGCGCAACACCACCAUCCCCACCAAGAAGUCCGAGACCUUCUCCACCUUCUCUGACAACCAGCCUGGUGUGCUUAUUCAAGUCUACGAGGGUGAGCGUGCUCGCACCAAGGACAACAACCUGCUUGGCAAGUUCGAACUUUCCGGUAUUCCCCCUGCUCCCCGUGGUGUUCCCCAGAUCGAGGUCACAUUCGAUCUUGAUGCCAACGGAAUCAUGAACGUCUCUGCCGUCGAGAAGGGCACUGGCAAGUCGAACAAGAUUGUCAUCACCAACGACAAGGGUCGUCUGUCCAAGGAAGAGAUCGAGCGCAUGCUUUCUGAGGCCGAGAAGUACAAGGCCGAAGACGAGGCUGAGUCUGCUCGUAUCAGCGCCAAGAACGGCUUGGAGUCGUACGCCUAUUCUCUCAAGAACACCUUGGCCGACUCCAAGGUCGAUGAGAAACUCGACGCAUCCGACAAGGAGAAGCUCAAGUCCGAAAUCGACAAGAUCAUCUCGUGGCUCGACGAGAACCAGACCGCCACCAAGGAAGAGUACGAGUCUCAACAGAAGGAGCUUGAGGGUGUUGCCAACCCCAUCAUGAUGAAAUUCUACGGCGCUGGUGGUGAAGGUGGCAUGCCCGGUGGAAUGCCUGGUGGUGGUAUGCCCGGCGGCCCUGGCGGAUUCCCUGGCGCUGGCGGUGCUGGCCACGGCGAUGACGGCCCAACUGUCGAGGAGGUUGACUAAAUGGUUUCAUAAACGACCAAAAGCACUUGAUCAUGAGCGGCUUGAAUUCUUGUGUCAAUCAUACCGGCGUUGGCGGUGUCAAUGGGAUAUGGAAAUGAUACCUCUUGCAUGGCAUAGAGUUUUUUUCGGCAUCAUCCUGUGAGUGGAUUGAUCAAUGAGGUUUACGGGAUCAUCGCAACAAGUCCGAUGGUCACUGGGGGAAGAGAGUCAGAGGAAAAGACCUGGCAGCUUAGAGUUAGCUUUCAAUGCCAACACUUCAUAUUUCAAAAUA